AGACGAAGACGAAGCAGAAGAAGCAGAAAAAGAAUAGCAGUUUGGAGACGGUUCAAGGAGAAGAAAUAGAGGAGAAGAGUCGAAGAGAAGAUAGAAAGACGAAUUGAAGCCGAGAAGCGGAAGAGGGCAAGAUGGAAAUGUCGAGGAGCCGCUGCUGGGCGCAGGUCGGCCAGGUAAGAGAGAAGCUGCUGCUGGUAACAGCGAGAGGCAGAGAGACUGACAGCUUGCAGGCAGCGAAGAAGCAGCUCGCGGGGAGACAGCAGUGCCGGUAUGCAAAGAAGAGUCUGCUGGGAGUGGCCAAUCGCAGUCUCUCCAGCAGUUCCAGACCCAUACAGCCGAUCAGAAGCAGCGGCAGCAUCAGCUGUGGUUAUGGCGACGGGUUUAUACGCAAGAUAACCGCGGGUGAUAGAAUAAGGACAGCGAUUACACGUUCAUAUACGACCAAGCGAGGUAUAUCGGACACCGAUAGUACCUAUAUAUCGUAUGGCAUCGCAGACAGAUUGUUCACCAAUUGUUCGGAGCAGGCGGAUUACUCGAUAUCAAAGAAGCUGCGAAAGGCCGACCAGGUCCCCAAGGCAGAGUCGGGCGAAGAGAUAGGCGAAGGCAGCGGAUGGUGGUAUGAAGGUGAGAGCAAUCUAUCUGUCUUGUACGGAUGUCUACAGAUGCCUACAUAUGCUAAUGGGUGGAUAAAUGGUAGAACUCGGUCUUCUUCCUACCUUCUCGACGUGGGCCCAGGUCACUUUUCUACACAUGUAUCUCCUCACUGUUCGACUGCGCGGACUCCCCACGCCCGAGGCCUUCCAGGUCUACAACAGAUACCUGUUCGAGCACUUCUCGCAGGCCGCCGAGCGCCGCAUGGUCGAGGUGCAUGCAAUCACGUCCCGCACCGUGCGUGUCUCCUACCUGAAGGAUCUAUUCGUGCAGUGGAGAGGCGCCAUAGCUGCCUACGACGAAGGUAUAGUCAAGGGAGAUGCCCAGCUGGCCGCUGCUGUCUGGAGGAACCUGUUCAAGGGCUUGCCCACGGACCACAAGGGCGAAGAGCUCGACUGGGCCAAGAUCGCAAAGGUCGUCUUGUACAUGCGCCGGUCGCUGGACAACCUUGCUGAAUUCGAAACCCAGGAAGUCAUAUUUGCGUUCAUCCAAGGGGCAGGGCCAGAGAUGUUCUUCAACCCUCCUGAGCUCUCUGUA